AUGCCAUGGCGGCUCCCUCUCCUGGCAGUGUCAAGCGCGGAAGCAGUUUCUCUUCAAUGCGCAGGCGGUCUUCCAGAGGCAGGGCUUCCUGAAGAGUUCUUCCAGCAAUAUGAGACGUGGCAUGCGGCCUAUUUGCGGGACAGCCUGGCCAGAUCCCGUGAAUUCUUGCAUGGCAUCUAUGAGCCCAAAAUCCUUCCCAAGCUGGAGGAGAACCUGCAGCUUUGCCCCUUGCCGCUGUUGCAGAUCAUGAUGGAUUCUGUGCUGGCCUCGUCUGUGGACUACUCUGUUGAAGAUGGACAAGGACUUUUUGAGCUUGCGACCAAACUGGCAGAACAGCUGGAGGAGGCAGGCCUUCAAGAUGUUUCAGAGCUGCGUGCUGAAUGGGCCAAUGACACCAUCUACACCUAUCCUUUGCUUUUUGGAAGUCGCCACCACGAUUGCCACGGCUUUGCUCUGAAGAUCUACGUCUAUGAAGUUCCAGCACCGCUCACAGAGAAGCAAUUGGACUGUGCCCUGGGCCAAUGGGGAACAGAAGUGUUGUUCCAUCGCUACCUACUAAGCUCAUCCUGCCGGACAUUGGAACCAGAGGAGGCGGACUUCUUUUUGGUGCCUGUCUACAGCACCUGCCUAUUUACCAAGGAGAAUUUGGAAAAUGAUGAAGCUGCAGCAACUGUAAUUUGGGAUCCGCUCUUGAAAUACUUGUUUUCGCAGCCUUAUUUCACGAGACGGAAGCAGAUGGACCACAUCUUCAUUUUUGCUGAUGGCCAAUCUGCUCGUGUUUGGGAUUCGUACGAUUUAGUGCAGAGCAACGCAAUUUUCAUGAUGGUGGAGUCAAAAUGCCCGACUUGGGAUGAGCCUGCAAGGAGGUAUAGCGAUAUUAAACCUUGCAUGUCCAGCUGGAAAGAUAUCGUUAUUCCUGGGCACACUGAUCAUGCUCGACUACAAGCCAUGCGAAUGGAAAACCGACCAUCAGAUUUGCGAGAUCUUCUGAUGACUUUCCAUGGCAGCCAUUCUGGGAACAAGGAGGUCUAUCAUGAAUGCGCUGUCCGCGACCGCAUUCUGGCCUUGGCGGAUAUGGAGGGUGUGGAUGUCGGUGGCUUUAUCCCUGACUACUUCACUGUGAAGGGCCGGUCGCAUUUUUGCUUGAUCCCUGCGGGCACGUCUCCGUGGACCAAUCAGCUCUACGAGAGUAUCCACUGCGGCUGCAUCCCUGUGAUUCUGUCUGAUGAGUAUGAAGUCGCCUUUCAACAUGUCCUUGAAUGGCCUCGGUUCAGCCUAAAGUUGCCUGAGGCCAUGGUAGGCCCACAGCUCUACAGCUUCCUCCUCUCGAUUCCACCCGAGACGGUGCGGGACAUGAAGGCAGAGGUGGACGCGCAUAGCUGCUGGUUUGACUACUUUUCUGCAGACCAAGACUGUUCACCUUUUGCAGCGGUACUGAUGGCCCUGGAGGAACGCAAGGGCCGAAAGCAAAAGAGCUGGAGUCGUUUCUGGCAUGUGCCAAAGGGAGUGGACACCGACCACUGGCAACGCUUGACGCGAUUUCAUUCCCUGGCGGAGGAAAAGUUCCAAUUUUGA